ACAAUUGAAUAUGGCGGUUGGAACGAGCAGGCGUGUUGUAUAGUUAGUGUAACUCAGGUGUUUGGAUGCGUAAAGAUGUAGGAAUUUGUAUUUUUUGGAAUAUAUGUGACCAUGCCACUUCCUGAGAGAAUUGUCCAGCCAGUUUGUUUAGGGGGACACCCCCUAGACGUCUCUGAAGCUGAGGAGGGUACCGCUCACCUGACGGUAGCCUCAAAUUCAUUGAUUGGAGCAUUACUACAGCUUGCUAGUUUGGUCAGGCAUGCCGACGAUUUGUUUUGUGAUAUUUCGGAUGAGUGUCAGAAAGUCUUCGAUCGAUCUGAAAGAAUCUCUAAGAAACUUUCAAAUAUUGAAGCGACUGUCUCGAAGCUAGACGCAAAGGAUGUGACGAUACAGAUUGGACUUAAUGCUUGUGCUGUCGGUGACCUGUCCCAAUUUUCCCAGACUGGCGAGUACCAUGUCACCAAACAUGGGUUUGACAGUGACCUAUUUACAAAUGAUACACGAAGCCAGUGCAUCCGAGACCAGUAUGCCCAGGCUGAGAUUUCUCCCUCCCAUGCGUUACGAGGGGCAGACAUCUACAGGAAGGAUGGGCUCAGCAGCUCCCGACUCUUUAGGCUCUGGCCGGUACUGCUUCGGGAACCCAAGGUCAAAACACCUGACCUCAACCUACCUCGCAAGACCCAGUCCAUUUUCACGUUUGAGAAGCGUUACAAAAAGCUACAACAGCGUCCCAAGACCAUACACGUAACAGAUGAACAGUACUUUACAAAGGAGGAGAUGGCGCGCGAAGCCGAGGCAAUGUCAGAAAGUCUGUCUCAGUCGACCUCAGCAAGCCUUAUCUCCAUAGAUACCUCUGGCCAUAGCUUUGAGAGAAUGGAGUCACUACGGGGUUCACAACGAAGUAUCGCUAGUAAAGGCAAGGAAGCAAAGAGAAAGAAACGGAGACGUACCGUGUCUGGAGUGUCCGACAAUAUAAUGCAGGAAAUUGAGGCAUUUGAGAGGAAAAAGAAAAAUGGCAGCAGAGAACAGCCGCGUGAUUACAGUUUCGAUGACAUCGACAUGGACGGUAAUACAAUCCACCGCGACGAGGAAAUGGCAAAAUAUCUCGAUGAAAUUGAUGCCAAAAUGGAGGAAAGAAAGGAGAUUGAGCAUGCAUUCAGGAAGCCUAAGAUUUUAAGGUUGUUGCCAUGUCGACGUUCAAGGUCCCUACCAAGGUGCCUUAAGUUACAUUCUAUGAAAGCACUUACAUAUGACAGACAAUCUGUAGUUACUGACCACUCGAGUCGGUACGAGGGUGACUCCAUCAGUCUAGCUAGUGCCGGAUCAGGAUCAAGUCGCCUGUCAAGGUCAACAAAGAGGUCCAGUAUCAUCAGUAACAAGAUUAAGUCACUGGUCAAUGGUAGUAACAUUGGUAACAAGUUACGACCUCGACCUAAGUCUCUUGACCUUGACGCCAUUGACUUCGGUGAUGAAACUAUGACAUCUUCAUUGGCCAAUUCUAAAAUGCCGAGCAUGCCAGAUGGAAUUCUUAGUCGGGCAUCCAGAGACAAUUCUAAGGUGGGGCCAGGGACGUAUUAUAACUUCGAAAGUGAAAGUAAUACGUUACCAAGGCGACAACCAAAACGAAUUGAGCGUGAAUUCACAUGGAAUGCUAUGCCCAAGGAUUGGACAACAUCUGUGAAGUUGAGAGAGAUUUCUAAGAGGAGAUCAAAGGAGGACAGACAGUCAUCUUCAGGGAACUGGAGUGGUAGCAGUAGUAACCGCCAUUCUCUUGAUUCGGACAUGAAGAUCGAGAGCAUGCCAUCCACAUCCCAGUGUUCCCUGGGGCAGGACUCGGGUCGUGACUCACCCACCCUGGAGGAAAGAUCACGCUGUGACACUGACACCACUGGUGGGUACGCCGGAGACGGAGCAAGCACCGUCAGUGACAAGAGUUCCAUGAAGGACCAGAAAGGAGAGACAGACAAGUGGCUUCAGAGUUUAGCCAAGCGGGCCGCCUGUCGGGAGGAUGCCUCAUCUAGUAGUGCAGAGACCCUUAACUCUCUGACAAGAUUAACCAAACAGAACAUCAUGGCACUCGAUCUCAUGAUGUCGCCGUCCAAACGGAAACCGGCAGCAUUUUUUCUGGAUGACGAUGAAUCAGUUUAUUCUGUUGAUCAGGAAGGAUUUUACACUUCUUUCCACAAUGACAGUGGACUGAGGCGAAGCUGUGGAACACUUGUAGAUGAGGAUAUGUCGUCUCCUACGCGAGACACACAGAGUGUCACAAGCUUUGAGAGUGUGAUCAACACGUCAGACACUGAUAAGUAUGCAGGACUAAAACGUGGCGGCUCCCAAGGUGGAAGUAAAGUGCUGAGCAAGGUGAAUCCUCCUGCUCCUCCACCAAGGACAAGUUCAUGUCCCCGUCUCAGCCCCAGGGCCGAAGACAAUGACAAUGAAAAUUCUCUACAGUCGCCAGAUAUGGUUUCCAGACAGGACUCGUCCUCCAUGUCGGAGUCGGACCAGGAGAGCAUCUUCAUGCGACUCAAAUCAAAGACACAAAUAUCCUCGAGUGGAAUUCCCUCCAUUUGCCCCCUGUCCAGUGAUGAAGAAGGAGCAUUCAAAAGGCAGUCUGGAGGCUCUGUGGAGAGUGAUAACAAAUUCGGCUUGAUGGUUGGUCAGGAACAUGUGGUUGACAUGAAUCAAAAUUUGAGUAAGUUCACAGAGUUGACGAACGAUUCAUCAGUAUUCUCUGUUUCAUCAUUCGAUGCUAGUAGUAAAUUUGACACCACUUAUGAUUUUACUGAUGAUACUUUACUAGGCAACAACAGUGAGUCAGACUUUGAGAGCCAAACUCUCCCAAGAGCACACCAUUCUGAUAAGGAGAGUACCAGUUUUGACUACACCAAGUCAUGGCCAAGAUCUCACAAGAAAAACGACAAUUCACAAACACCUGUGUCUGGUAUUCUUAAGAGCACUGACCGCUCUCUCAGUGGCCCCAAACCAAACAAAUCCCUGAAUUUCUCGCCUGUGAUCAACAUGUUUAAUCCUGGGACGCCUCAAGCUGUCCAAAUGCCACUCCCAUGCUCCCCUGCAUCUUCGGAGGAGGGGAACAGGAAGUUAAAUAAGCAGAACUCUUUAACUUCACCUGAUUCGGCUACAUACAAACUAGCAGUGCCCAUCACACAGGAGAAAUUUGAAAAUAAAGCUGGUCUACCAAUGAAGUAUCAGCCUGUCAUCGUGGUCAAGCCUGGUCAGAGGCCAGGUCAGACUUCUGAAAAGAAAGGAGCUUAUGUUAAACUUAAUCAGGCAAAUGAUAACGUUCCUUCAGGCUCCCAAAUCAGUCCCUAUGCAGCUUCAUCUGUUGCCAAGCAAUCCUCAAAUGCAUACUCAGGAAGUGACAACUUGUAUGCUAUUAGUCCUGUGAAAUCUCCGAGUCCCAGAAUGGACAAUGCUGCUGAUUCAGGCUACUUAGAAAUGAAUGGUAAUUCAAGUAUCCACUCCAUGGAAGGUCAGGCCAAAAGUUCACUUAGAGUUCACCAUGGGAGUAUUCUGUCUUUGGAAUCUGAAGAUUCCUUCAACUUCACAGGAAGUUAUGUGAGCAUGGCAAGUCCAUGUAGUUCACCAAAUCUUUCAAACCUGGAUGUUCCCAUGGUUACAACCCCGACAGGGUCGAUGGACUCGUUGAUAGAACAACCGAGUAAAGACAAGGGCUUUAUUAGUAUCGAUGAAUCAAAUCUAAGCACUACAAUGGAAACUAUUGCCAUAUCAACUAAUUCCUUUUCUUCAUUUGGUGGAAGUGAUCAUGAGAGGUCAUUCAGUACAUUUUCUGGUCCUCCUCAACCUGCUAUGUCUUCCACCCCUCAAACAACAAGUAAUUUCCAACCUCCUCGUCACAAUCGGUCAGCACCUCCGCAGAGAUUGCCUCAACGCAACAGACGGUCUACACCUUCACCACAACCAGCACUCCCUGCCAGGGUCCCACUGGAGCAACAUGUCAGGUCUGGGACACAGCAACACCAUCAUCACAAACCGCAAUCCACAUCUUCUACUCCACAACAUCAUAGGUCACAAAAAUCUCAUUAUCAAAACAAUGCGAUGAAGAAACCAGAAAACUAUCAUCCUAUGGCACAGAAAAGUACCAGCAAGUCAUAUUCAUCAUCUAAUCUUCAGAAAAAUGCCAUGCCAGCAUCCCGUUCAUUCCCAUCAGAUAUGAGGAAGUAUGCAUCUAACGAUACAGGUUCAUCAGAAUCUAUAAGUACGCGUCCUGGUCGUCCACGUCAGAAUGCCUCUGUGAGGAGAUCAAGUGCUGGUACAACAUCUUACAGUGUUCCACAUAGUGGUUCCGAUUCGGACUCCAGUAACACUAAUGGUCGCAAUGAUUCAUACCGUGUCGCCAUGGUGAACCCAAGUAGAAAUAGUUCUUAUAGAGUGGCAAUGAAGGAGAGUAAGAGUUGUCCUUCUUUACAGAACUCUCAAAGGAUCAGGCCUAGUCCUGUACUGUCUCAAUCUUCUCAUCCUAAUGGUCCUAAAAAUGGUCUUAAAAAUGCUAGUCCAGUAUUAACCCCAAGUUUAUACACAAAGGGAACACCUUCACCCCUACCCGCGGAGUACUACCAGGCAGAUCCUGAGGAUUUCAAUAGGACUGAUUCCUACAGAUUCGCUGUUAGGAAUACUCAUGGUGUUGUGUCGGAGGAUUCCACAGGACGUAACUCGUCCUACAGGGUGGCCAUGAAGGAGAUGGACUCCAUAGUUCCCGACAAUCACAUGAGUGGUGUACACUCCGUUCCUGCUGGAGGUCGCGACAUGAGGAGAAUGGGAAUCACAGAUGUAGAUCAGGUGAAGGGUGUUGCCGGGGCAUCAAAAUCACUCAGACCGUCGGAGUCUACUAGCAGUGUACAAGUUAAACUUAGACGCUCGACAAAAAAGGGCGAUGUUGAUCCCAUUUCAGUGCUAUCUAGUAUGGACAGUGGAAGCUCGCACAAGACGAACAAAAACCGUCACAGCACAUCCUCCACUUAUAUUAGGUUUGAUCCGAUCUUUGAGGAUAAGGAGGAUAUCACGGGUUCCAUGGAUUCUCUCAGGGAUUCAUCCAUGGGAUCUCACAAAAUGGCCAACUCCUCCGGCGAAAUGUCUUUCUAUGGUGGUGACAGUUUCUAUGGAAAUGGUAAACCCAAAGUUAAUGCAAUGAGUAACGGGAGACUUCCAGGUUCUAGUGCCAAUGAGAAAAGUUCAUCAUCACUCUUCAGUAAUGUGAAAAACUUCGUAAAACAAAAAUCCAGUAGUAAGAAUUCUGCUGUAAUCGAGGAUGAUUGUAGGUUUACUAUGGUGUGACCGGAGGAUAUCAGUGGGUCAGGUGCAGUGUAUGGUUGAGUGUAUAUAUGGUAGUGAUGGGACAUUGGUCACAAAUCCAUAAUUGAUUUUUGGUUAUAAUCGGAAAGAUUUGCUGAUGUAAGUAAUUGCUAUGUGUUACAAUUAUAGAAAAUGAAUAUAUUUCAUUUAACAUUCAUGUUGCCUUUGUAAAAUUAACUGAAAAAAGGCCCAACUUACCUAGAAUUAGUAUAUGAAUGACAGGUUUUCAACCAUUAGCAUCUUAAUUAUGUAUACUGUGAAAUUUAUUUUGAUUUGAAAUGAAGCCCUGGAAAUAUCAUAAUGUUCAUUUUCUAUGAUUUUAACACAUAGCGAUUAAUAUCAGGGUCCAAUAUCAAAAAUUAAAUUUGAUUAUCAUGACUUAAUGUUAAAUGACUACGUAAUUAAUUAAAAUAUAUCUGAUCAUUGUCCUAUCACUAAUGUGUGGUGUAUGUUUAGAGCAUUAGCUGGUUACAGACAAAUCAGUUUUGAAUGGUGAAUCUUUACUGUAUGCUCCGUGUUUAACACAUUAACUUUCUUUUGCUUCAUCGGUUUAGAAUCAGUGCUUCGGAAAAAGUCUGUACCAGUAUAAUUUUUGAAGUCCAUAAAAUGGCAGCUUGAAUUGGCAUCAACUUACCAAUAUCGGAGUAAACAAGUUUCUAUAUCUCCAAAUGUGUCUAAUCCAGUAAAUUACCAUCUAAUGGGAUUUAAGUCAAAAGUGAUUAAUGUAACAAUUUUCUUUUGAUAUAAAUGACUUUUAUCUUAACAUGACAAUGCUAUCAUCAAAAUUGAAUCAAACGUGAAAAUUUUAUAACUGUAUUUUGAUGAAUUACUUUUAUUUUAACAUGACAAAGUGAUUGUCACAGUCUAGCUUCUGAAAAUACAGGAUAUCAGGCAUAAAUGCCUCUCAGGAUGUAAGAACAUCAAUGUCUCGCCUACAUCAGACAAUUUAUUAAAAUCAAAACGUUUCAUGUUCCCUACCGUGUACCGUGUAUAAAAGUGCUAGAUAUGGGUUAAUUUUGGAAAAACAAUCAUUAAAAAAGGAGCUCGAGACCAUUUUUUUUUUUUUGUAUUUGUUGAGUGAAGAAAGUUACCGGUAUUACAUUUGUAGCUGCAAUGAGUCAGUAAGACCAUAAAUACAUUCAUUGACUGUAGGACACUUGUUAACUCAUCUGAAUCACUGAAACGUUUUAAUACAUCAUGAUCAUACAUCCAAUGUAUAGAAUAUCACCUCGAACAUCAGAUGUUGCUUUGCCCUUGUCUUAAUAAAGAAUAUAUUUAUGACAGAUUUGUUUGCUACAGAAUACUGCUUUUACAUUUUACCACAAAGUAUUUUUAUGGCCAUUUAUGAAAUACAUACUAGAUUCCAUGAAGCAGUAUAUUUGUUUGUAGCCACCAUGUAUGUGUCUGGAGCGAGCCCCUCCAUGACAAUAAACCAAUGACAACACUAUCAGUGUUUUAACAUCAAACUUCCCAUGUUUCAUCCUUAUAUUUCACCACAGCACUUCAUUCAUAUGCCAGUAAGUGCCAUGUAUGUUGUUUCAGUUUGACAUUCAUUGGAGGAAAUAAAAAUUCACUCUUUAUAAUUAUUGUACCUACAUUUGUAUUCAAAACAUCAAGCAAAAAUUGGUUGGUAAAAAUGUCAUCUUUUUUUUUGAAGGGUGAGAAAAGGCAAUAUAAUUUUGCAAAAGUCUGAAAGGAAAUGACAUUCUUCAAUUACAUGGGUAGUACAUGUAUAAGGUUGAACAUAUCCUGUACACUGAUCAGUACUUUACUAAUCUUGUUUGUACUUAGAUUUCUGGGAAGGUAAAUAAAAAUGUUCGGCAACUUCGGCAACAUAAUGUAACUUAAUAUUCUUCCUUACUUUCGUUUUCGUUUUAGGAAGGAAAUACAUUAGAGGUUUCCAAUUACUUAAUCUUGUGAUGUUUGUAUGUAUGCAUGCUUGUCUUAAUAGGAAAUCUUCAUCAAAGUAUUCAGUUUUUACAGAGGACAAAUCUGGGGCUAUAUAUAUAUAGCUAGAGGCAUCCUACAAAAUGAAUAGUUGUAUGAUAUCUCCAAUUACAUAAUCAUAGCUGAGAAAAGGUUAGGAAGGAAGGGCAAUUUAAUUCAACCAAUAGAAUCAACAGCUAGGAAUUGGUUGAAAUACCAAAUUGUCAACCAUUCUCUUCAAACAGCAUUAAUUACCAAUUUACUGUGCAUAAUGCAAUUAUACCAUGGUUUAUAAAGAUAUAAAAAGUCCUAGAAUUUCAGCCCUUGCCUGGAAAAGUCUUUGAAUCACUCGUCAUACCUUGAAAGUCUUGGAAUCUUGGAUAAAUGCACUGAAAAAGUCCUUGAAUUCAUGUCUUUGGAGUUAAAAUGAAAUGAAGAAGAUGAUUAUUUUUCUGCAGAAUGUUACAGUCAUGAGAUAUAUAAAUUUUCCUUUUUUUCGCGAUUAAUGUUACAGGCGAUGUGUUUACAUUUAUACCUCAAAAUUGUUAAAACAGUGGGAAAUAAGACAUAUAGAUCAUAUUUUGUACGAUAAAAAGUACUUCUAUCUAAAUGCAGUACACACACACAAAAAAAAAGAUCACUACACCCAAUUAAAGUCUCGAAAAAUCCUUGAAUUUGAAGUCGUGGAAAGGUUUUGGAAUCUGAUGACUCUAAAGUCUGUAUGAACCAUAUACAUAUAUCACAAUUAUACCUGAAUGAAAGAUAGUAAGAAAGAGAACUUUUGUAAACUUUUUUUCAGUAAGUGAGGGAAUUGAUAAUGAUUUUAUUGAAAAAGUUAUCAAUAGAUUAAAAAAUAUUUUUUUUCAAAAUCUGUUGGUAACAAAUUUCAGGCAGUUUCAUAUUUUUUCAUAAUUUUUCAUAAUUUUAUAUUAAUAUCCGACCGUUAUUGUCAGGGUUUUAUCAAUGUUUCUGUCAUCCAUAUGUACAUGAAUCCAGUCAUUUUUUUAAGGCAAACCAAGCUUAUUUAUUGUUGUAAAACUGUGCUAUUUAUGUUACUGUACAAGUUCACAAUGUUUGAGAUAAUUUUUUUGCAAUUUCCACAAGGCAGCAUUUUUAAAUGUAAUCAUUAAUUUAUGUGUUUUUUUAAUUUGCUUUUUCUCCCCUUUAAUUAGUCUUAUAUGAUUUUUGAUGUUGAUUUUUAAAUGCCUUAAUUACCAUUUUGAUGGACAAAUCUUAAAUAUGAAUAUGAAAUAAAAUGCAUUUUAUAUUUAUGUUUAAAGAAUAUUGUGAAGAAUUAAAAUUUUCAUGAUUUAUUUUAUGUACCGCAGGAUAUGUAUAUUCCAAAUAUUGUAAAUUAAUUUCUUUUUCACAUGUGUAAUUUGUUUCACUUGAAGGUACUUCAUGCAUGUAAUCAAACUUGCAUAUUUGAUCAAACUUUUAUGUACAUGGUAUAACAUUUAAUGUCAAAUGCAAUUUGUACAUACAUCUUAAUGCUGUAUAUAUUGUGGGAUGUUUAUGUAUAUAAUUCUAUUCCUACCGGCCAUGUUUUAUACAUAUACACAUAUAUCCAUGUCUUAACAACCUAUACAGUAUGCUUAUACAAAUAUAUUAUGCAUCUUUAUCGUGUAAAUAUUUCAAAUAUUUAAAGACAGGUCCUUGUUGAUUUUUGGUGUACACAUUUACAAAAUUCUUGAUUUGAUUUCACUUGAAUCUAAAAAAGGAAAUAGUGUAUAGUUCUAGGACAGUAAAUCUAAAAAAGGAAAUAGUGUAUAGUUCUAGGACAGUAAAUCGGACAUGUCUUUCUAGGACAGUCCUUACUUCAAAACCAAAGGUUAUCAAUUUUACCUCGUCUCAUAUCAAUGUGAACAGAUCCUAAUCCAAUUACCUUAACAAUCAACUUUAAAUUAGCUGCAUCAAAAGCAUGAAAGAUGGCAGUUAUUUGAAUAAAGGUCCCAAAUAAUAGUCUAUAAUUUCUGGAUUAAGUAUAAAUUGAUAAUUGCCGAUAAACAGCAGGAAUCUGUCUUUUAACAAAUUCUUUUCUACUAUGAACAUUCCUUGUCUCUAUGGUGAUGUAUCAAAAUAAUGAUGAAAAAAUAUCACUAUUUCUGUUACAAAUUAGUUCAUAUUUGAUGCAUCAUUUUAAAAUUUACAUUGUAGAGUUUACUUCAUCAAUUUUAAACAUCCAUUUAUAUAAUAUACAUAUUGACCAAAUUUUUAAAUUACCAUUCAUGUUACAGAAAGAUUAAAUAAUCCUUCAACGUUGAAUUUUAAUGAGGAUGUGUAGAUAAUAUGUUUUGUGUAAAUGUGCAAACAUUAUCCUGUAUGUGUGUGUUACACAAAGUGCUUGUUAUGAUUGUUUUGUAGUAGAGUUAUCUACCUUGAGUCAGGAGAAUAUGUGUAGUGCAAUGCAGUUCUGCAGGUGGUUGACUGUAGACACAAAUAAAAGUAUUUUUAGAUAAA